GUUCAGCAGAAGAAAGUCAUACACAUCUGGGAUAGCAUGAGAGUGAGUAAAUGCUGAGAAAAUGUUCAUUUUGGGUGAACUAUCCCUUUAAUGAGGUAACAGUUGCAUGUUAUCACAUUUUCAGUGUAGAUAUGAGGAUAUGAGGAAGUGUACUGGACAGAAUAGACAUGACUGGAAAUACAUUUCAAUGCACUGAUCGAAGACUGAGAUGUUGAAAUAAGGCAGGAAUAACAAAUGUUGACAUAUAAAUCAGAUGCUGGCUGUAUGCGAUGAGGUCACCGUUCGUGUCCCAUAAAAAUCUGCAGUAAGCUUGUUUUUUAUUGAAAUAAUGUUAAAUAGUGUCUAGACACUAAAAAAGAUGUUGUCAGGAAGCAUUUACUUCAUGUGGUAACAUCUAAAUUAAAUGAUUUUAUUGAAAUAAAAAUAUUAUUUAAUAUCACUAAAUCGACUUUAUAAAAUAAGUUACAUCAACAAAAGUCAUUUAUAUGGGUUAGAUAAAGCAGAAAUAGAUCCUUGAGGUAAAAAUGACUACUUUUUUAGUGUAAGUGUGUGUGCAUUAACCUCCAGAAACCUGAGCGUAACUGCUGUGUGCAUUUUCCAUUUCCCUUUUUGAUUUGUAACUAGUAGCACCUAAUAAACAUGCAAAUAAAUACAUAAAAAUAAAUUCUAGAUCAUUUGAUGUCCACUUGUGUGGCAGCGUUGUGAAAUUUUAAAUAAUACCAAACUAUAGAAAUGUAGAUUUUAUUAAAUUGUUUAUAAUAUGAAUAUGUUUCCAGGAGUGUUGGUUAUUCAUGUUUUUGAGAUGUUACAGACAUUACAUUAGUAAUUAACAUAAUUGAUUCUGAUUCAAAGUAAUGGCCAGCAUCAUCCAAUCACUGCCAACCAUGUUAAAAUAAAAUUAUACAUGAUCAGUUCUGAAUCUAUGUACUGAUUAUCAUUGUCCCAUGUCUGCCAAAAAUGUUGAGUGGUCCAAACAUCAUCUGCAGCCUGAAACUGAACUUAUGACUGGAUUUUAGGAGUGAAUGCACUCCCUUGCUCCCUCGAUUUAUUAAUGUUGAAAGUUAUUCAAAAUAACUAACAUGUUUUUUCAACUUUUGAGGGAAUAAUGUCCCAAAAUCCACAUAUGUGUACAUCAUGUUUAUCAGCGUGCUGACCUAAAAAAACCUAACCUAAAAAAUGUGCUUUAUGUAAUAAAGUUUCAAUUAACUGGUUUGAUUUAAGUCAAAAAUUACAUCUCACAUCACUAAAAUCAAUCUGAAUACAUGUUAAACUAACCUAAUUUUAAGACUACUUUCUGAAAACUAAGGGUUAGAUCAGGUUGAAAUAACUCCUUACGGUAAGAAUGAGAGAUUACCACUUUUUACAGUGUACGUGUGUGUGUGUGUGUGUGUGAUAGAGAGAGAUUUCAUAUAAAUCCUUUGUUGUUUUGUUCUACUAACACAGCAACCCCUCACCUGGAAUUAAUUUUGCUUAACAGUUCAAUGCACAUCAGAAUAGAGCCUGCAACAGAGAGGGCAAAUGAAAGAUAAGGAGAGAAAGGUAUCGGAUGGAUAGAGUGUCACCUGCUGAAUGUAAGAAGGUCGAAAAACAGAUACGGUAUCCUUCAGUCUUUCUGUGCCCAGCUGGAUAAAACACACUUUGGCAGAGAGAAGCAGAGAAGAGUGACAAGAACUGUGGAACGUCUACAGCAGAUGAUAGUACCAGACAGAUGGAGAGACAUAAAGGCAUACAUAUAGAAUGAAAAAAUGUGGCAAAACAGAAAGAGGUUUAAGUGUAUUUCUUUUCAUUUUUCAAGAGGAUUUUAAAGGACUGCUGAAAAGUUAUCACAUUUUACCAGGCCUUCCAAAGUCAGGUUGAGUUACUGAAUGGAAUUCUGAGACAUUCAGUGGAGAGUAACAAUUGUAAUUGCACUGAGGAAACUUCAGAUAGGCCCGUAUUGGGAGGGGUAAAAAAGGUGUUGUCUUACUGUGAGAGAGAUAGAGAAAGAGGAGUAAGAGAAAGAGAGAGCGUGUCAUUGUUGCAGUGAUGUUCAUGAUUAUUCGAGAAGGAUCAGCAGGAGGAGCAGGUCCUGCAAGCGGAAUGAGCGCUCCACCGGAGAGAUCCGCAAAACAGGUUCAGGCGGCAAUAAAGAAAAAGGUGGAGAAACAGAAGAAACAAGUUGAAAUGGGUGUGGUGGAGGCAUUUAGCAGUAAUACAAGACCUAAGAUGGGACAGAAAAGGAAUCCUGCCAUCCAGCCUCCUAGCAGAGCUGGAUGUGGUGAGGAGGAAGAAGAGAAGCAUGUUGAGACUGGGGAACCCAAGGAGAAAGAGGAACUCCACCUUGUACCUAUUGUGGAUUCUGUUUUUGGCCAAGACAGAGAACUGCGGCCAGAAGAGAUAGAAGAACUAAGAGAGGCCUUUAAAGAGUUUGAUAGGAACAAAGGAUACAUUAACUGUAGGGACCUGGGCGAAUGCAUGCGGACUAUGGGAUACAUGCCGACAGAGAUGGAACUCAUUGAACUGAGUCAACAAAUUAGUGGGGGUAAAAUUGAUUUUGAAGACUUUGUGGAGCUUAUGGGCCCCAAAAUGCUGGCAGAGACAGCGGACAUGAUUGGAGUCAAGGAGUUGAGAGAUGCCUUUAAAGAGUUUGACUCCAAUGGUGAUGGGCAAAUCAGCGUGACAGAACUGAGAGAAGCCAUGAAAAAGCUGAUGGGAGAGCAGUUGAACCCCAGAGAUAUUGACGAUAUUCUCAGAGACGCUGACCUCAAUGGAGACGGACUGGUUGAUUUUGAAGAGUUUGUGAGGAUGAUGUCACGUUGAUCAAAGCCACAGAGAAGACUUAAUUUCCUUCAUGAGAGAAAAAUGGACACACGAUCCAGCAAUUUGAAUGUAAGCAUUAAGCAAAAGAAAGGGUCUUGUAAUUGUACUGUUUAACUAGUAUUUUAAGAGAUGCAUUUAUCUGAUUACAACUAUAUUGAAUUUGUAUAGUGUGCUUAAUUUUUUUAAUAAAAUAAUUUAA